AUGAUGAUCACAACUUCCAUUUAUGUGAGUAUUAAAAUAUGCCAGUUUCUACAAGUAGGCCUUGGAAUCUCAGCCAACACCUUCCUCCUUCUCUUCCACAUCUUCACGCUACUACUGGAUCACAGAUGUAAGACCACUGACCUAACCACCUUUCACUUGGUCUUUGUGCACAUAAUGAAACUCUUCACUGUGCUGUUUUUGAUGUCUACGGACCUGUUUGAAACACUAAACUUUCUGAAUGAUUUCAAAUGUAAGGCUUUAUUCUGCAUGAUCCGAGUGACACGGGGUCUGCCCAUGAGCACUACUUGCCUCCUGAGCAUCCUCCAGGCCAUCAUCAGCCCCAGCACCUCCUGGUUGGCCAGGUUUAAACAAAAGUGUUCAAAGUACAUCUUCCAUUCUUUUCUCAUCUUAUGGUUUCUCAGUUUGUCUCUCAAUAGUAACUGCAUCUUGUAUACUGCUGCUUCUAAUAUCACCCAGAGAAAGCUACUGCAUGUCAGUAAAUACUGUUCACUAUCCUCAGCAAGCUCCUUUGCCAGGGGACUGCUUUUCAUUUUGACAUUACCUAGAGAUGUCUUCUUUAUAGGAGCCAUGUUUCUCUCAAGUACCUACAUAUUGGUUCGCUUGUCCAGGCAUCAGAGGCGGUGCCAGCACCUUCACAGCACCCACCUCUCCUCACGAUUCUCCCCAGAGAGAAGGGCCACACAGACUGUCCUGUUGUUGGUGAGUUUCUUUGUGGUCGUGUACUGGGUGGACGCCAUCCUCUCCUUCUCUGCAACAUUGUUAUGGACAUAUGACCCAGUUAUCCUAGAUUUCCAGAAGCUUGUGUCGAAUGUCUAUGCCAUGGUCAGUGUGUUAGUGGUAAUUUGUUCUAAUAAAAAUAAAAACGUGUUUCCAAAGUGUGGAAAAUUUUCAAUCAAUGUAUAA